UUAAUGCUGGUGUUGCCGAGCUGGUCAAACAUCCCGGUCCGAAACCAGGACAGGGGACGGAAGACGCGUGCGCCCAUCCCCACCAUCGCCCGAUCGAUCCGAUCCGAUCCGCCGCCACCUGCUUCUGCUUGACGGCGUGCGCGCGUGUGGCGCCGAAAGGGAUGGACGCGGUGCCGGCGCUGGCGGUGGUGGACGCGAGCUUCUGCGCGGGGGACGAGGCGGCGCUGGCCGUCGCCAAGACGCUCAGCAUGUCCGGCAACGACUUCACCGUCACCGACGCCGCCACGGGCGCCCUGUUGCUGCGCGUCGACGGCGUCCUCUUCAGCCUCCGCCGCCGCUGCCUCCUAUCGGACGCCCACCGCCGCCCCGUGCUCACCGUCCAGGAAUCGGCGCUGGUGAUGAACACGCGGUGGAAGGUGUACCGCGGGGACAGCACGAGCCGGCGGGACCUGCUGUUCACGGUGGUGAAGCCGUCGGUGAUCCAGCUGCGGUGGUCCACCAAGGUCAGCGUCUUCCUCGCCAGCAACGACGCCGAGCAGGCCCCCGACUUCCGGAUCACCGGCAGCUACCACGACGGCGCCUGCUCCGUCUCCCUCGGCGAAUCCGACACCGUCAUCGCCAGGAUCGACCGCCGGUCCACCGUGGUGAGCGCGCUGCUGGGCAAGAACGCCUACAGCGUCACCGUCAACCCCGGCAUCGACUACGCCUUCAUCGUCGCGCUCGCCGUCGUCCUCGACGAGAUGCACUACCAAUGACCACAACUCAAGUCUCCUCCUGCCGCGGGUGGCUCGUACGAAUUGUUGUGUGUGUCAAUGCUUUCUGCGCUCGCCGUCGUCCUCGACGAGAUGCACUACCAAUGACCACAACUCAAGUCUCCUCCUGCCGCGGGUGGCUCGUACGAAUUGUUGUGUGUGUCAAUGCUUUCUGCAGGGGAAUCGCGAUUCACGAAUGCUCUGCUUUUGAGUUGAUAAUACAUGUGUGAGUGUGACGAUGCGAAACAGAGAUUUUGAUCCCAUUCGAGAGGGAGGCACUCGGUUGAACGGCUUUGCCUGGUCCAAUUCUGUUUCGUUAACUGGUCUCUUUGUAACAUUGGAUUGGCCUGUACGUCAAUUUGUUUUUCUCCA